AUGAAGAAGUCCUUCACCAGAUACUGUGUGAUGGUUAUUGGACUCGGCACCAGUACCAACCUUCAUCAGAUCCCCCAGUUCAGGGCUGUGUUUGUACGCGCACCAGCAGCACAGAGCAUCUUCCUGCGGUCCAAACGAGCCAACCUGUUCUUCGUGGAGGAGAUACUGCAAGGCAAUCUGGAGCGGGAGUGUUAUGAGGAGCUCUGCACGUACGAAGAGGCCAUGGAGUACUUCGAGGACAACGCCAAGACGCUUGCCUUCUGGACCGUUUAUGCCGACGGGAAUCAGUGCCGUCCCAACCCCUGCCUUCACGGUGGGAACUGCACCGACAAGGUGGGUGGAUUCCACUGCUCCUGCACGGCCCCCCACCACGGCCCAGCAUGUGAACUGGGAGCAGAAGCGGGGACCAACAGCCAGGAAGAUGAAGCAGAGGCGCUAAGAGCUCCACGGGGGCCAGGAAUGGCGCCCUGCCCCACCAGUGGCCCAAGCGUCUGUCACCAGCUGUGCACCGUGUCCGCUCACAAGUUCUCCUGCUCCUGCGUGGCAGGCUUCAAACUGCAGAGCGACGGGCGGAGCUGCCUGCCUGAAGUGGAGUUUCCCUGCGGACGACUUCCCGGCGUCCCGACCACACGACCCGUGUGUCACCAUGGAAACUGUCCUUGGCAGGCUUUGGUGCUGGACAGCAGGGGGGCGGAGCUGUGUGCCGGCGUGGUGUUGGGUCAGCGGUCCAUUCUGAUCGCUGCCAGCUGCCUCCUACAGGAAGCUGACCGCCACCCCUCCAAUUUCUUAGUUGUCACCGGUAGCAAGGGCACACCGAUGUCCGUCAAAGCUUUCUACAUCCACAAACGCUACGUUCCAAAUCGCCAUCAGAACGACCUUGCCUUCCUCGAGCUGGCCCACCCCCUGCCCUUGGGCGCCACCCUCAUCCACCUGUGUUUGCCCACCAAGGAUUUCAGCGAAAACAUCCUCAUGUAUCCCGGGAGGGCUGGGGUUGCAGCCAGCAUGAACCAGAACUUGGACCAGAAACUAGUCUACACAAGUUUGGAGGAGUGUCGCCGCCAUCUUAAUGUCUCGCUUCCACUCGACAAUAAAAUGUUCUGCAUGAAGAGCGGACCAAGUGGACCACUCUCCAAGCACAAUCAAACCCAGAUGGAGAGUCCACACAAAGCCCACACUGAAGGUCCAACAUUAAAGUCCACGGCUUGGCAAUGUGGCGGUCUGGCGGCCGGCAUGCCGGCGGCCACAGUGGAGCACGGGACUGCGUUUCUAACAGGGCUGCACAUUUUGCCACCAAAAGGCUGCCCUCAGAAGGGGCUGGUGUUCACCAAAGUGUCCCGGUACCUAGCUUGGAUCAGACUGCAUCUGGAGGCCGCUGAGAAGCACGUGACCACACAAGCACCCCCAAAUCAAAAAAGACUGACCUACCCAACUUUUGAGUGACGUGUCCAGUUUAGGACGUCACAUAUUCUCCACCGAAGAUCACCAAGUAAAGAUGCUCUCCUCUGCAACAACACUGCAAAAAGCAGCCAGUCGAGUUGAAACAGAGUGAGACAUCCUUUCGAUGGGGAAGAGCAAACGUCAGAAGAAUCAGCAAUCAUGGAUUUGAUCUUAUUCCAAUGAAAAUGAAAUCAGCUCUUAUAAAUCUUAUUCCUUAAUAUCUCAGGGCGAUAAGCAUCACCAACAUUUCAAGUGACUUUUUUGCUAUUAAAAUUCAUUUCAAACCCA